AUCCCAUCUAGAAAUACUUAUUAUGUUUUUUAUAUUGGAUUCAGAUAAGAAACAUAAAUAAAUUUAUCCAUCUAUAUGUAACUAAGUUUAGUUUCAAAUAAUUUUGUAUCUGAAUUCAUUUAUGAAAAAAGAAGGAAAAUAUAGAAAUCAUUACAUGGGAAACAACUCCAAUAACAUAUGAUUUAUCGAACAGAUUGCAUACCCUUGAAUACUAAUUGAAUGUCUGUAAAUGAAAUAUAAUAUUGGUUUUGGUGAAAAUGAUAUAAUAACUUGUCUGUAAUUACUAUGCUCUCUUUUAACUGUUUGCCCUAAUAUCUUUCCCUCUCUCUAUAUAUAUACAUCAUAGGUCUUCAGAUUCAUACCUACCUAACUACAUAGCAUUAUAUUGUUGUUGGAUGGAAAUAGCAGUUCAUUUGCAGAAAAUCUUCUUCUUCGUUGGUGUUGGUUCCUAUCAUCAAUAUCCAUCAGCUUGAGAGAAUUAGAGAGGGAUUGAUGUCAGAAAUAAAAGAAAAGUACUACAACUACUGCCAGAAGCAGAAGGUGGUGGUGUUACAGGAUGCAUCAAGUGAAGUGAGCUGGGAUGCAAUAAGAUGGAUGAUUGAUGACUUCUCCCUCAAGGAAGGAGACGAGCUCACACUGGUUGGUGUUCUCCACCAGGUUACAAAUCCAAAUGGAUAUGCAGUGGGAUUUAAGUGCAAAACAGAUCGCAAUUCGAUGUUCGAGGUUAGCUGGAAAUACGUGGAAGAAGAAAUAGCGAGAAAGAAGGAAGAAUUGAAUCAACAAAUCUUGAUCCAAAUAAUGGAACAAGGAUGUUGUCAUGAAAUGGUUAGGGUGAAUGUGGAAAUGGUGGCUGGUCCUUGUCCAAAGGUGGCUGCUGCGGAAGCUGCCAAUUCAUUAAACCCAACUUGGGUUUUGUUGGACAGGAAACUGAAGAAAGACAGCAAGUAUUUCUUAGAAAAGCUUACUUGUUCAUGUGGAAUAUCAAAAGUGACUGGACACAAUACAGUCCAACAACUCAGAGGACGUCGUCCAGAUGAUCAAAUAAUUAUUUGUGAAUCAUCAGAUCAUGAGUAUUCAUCAACUAAUUGCUCGGUCUGCAAUAACAAGCGGCCUAAUAAGAUGAUGCAUCGGAGGAGAAUCGAUUUUAGUUAUAGCCAACUGUAUGCAGCGACAUCAGGAUUUUCGCAAAAGAAAUACCUGUCAGAAGGUGGAUUCGGAAGCGUGUACAAGGGAAGACUGAAGGACGGGACAAAGGUAGCUGUGAAGAAGUUGAGUGAGGACAGCUUCCAGGGUGAGAAGGAGUUCAAAAGGGAGGUAAAAGCACUUAGCAACGCCCGGCAUAAGAAUGUUGUGAUGUUAUUGGGGUCUUGUUCUGAAGGAAAUCAUAGACUCCUUGUUUAUGAGUAUAUCUGCAAUGGCUCCCUUGAUCGUCACCUCUCAAAUGAUGAAGUAAUGAAGGGUGUUGUAUGUUGGGAUGAGAGAAUCAAGAUAGCCUUUGGAGCAGCUAAAGGUUUGGAGUAUCUUCACAGCAAAGGCAUAAUUCACAGAGAUGUCAGGCCAAGCAAUAUCCUGAUAACUCAUGACCAUCAAUCUCUGCUAGGAGACUUUGGGCUGGCAAAGACACAUGAGCAGCUAGGGGAUUCAGAUCAUAAUAAAGGUGGUGGUGGUGUUCUUGGUACUUUCGGAUAUUUGGCACCAGAAUAUGCAGUAAACGGUCAUGCCUCCACAAAGAGUGAUGUAUAUUCCUAUGGUGUAGUUCUCUUACAACUUAUUACAGGCUUCACUUCUAAUAUUCAUGGAGGAGGGGAAAGUCUUCUCGAUUGGGCACGACCUCUUCUGAAAUCGAGGGAGUACCCAACUCUAAUCGACAAGAGGAUCCUAGAUUCCCACGAUGUUCACCAGCUCUUUUGGAUGGUUUGGGUAGCAGAGAAAUGUCUAGAAAUCGAACCUCGAAAGAGAUGGACAAUGCCAACUGUGGUGAGUGCUCUGAAUUAUAUUGUUGAAGGUGGUAAUGCAAAUUUUAUACAAGACUUCUUCUCUCCAGCACAUUCAGACACAGUUGAUAGCAUCCUAAACUACCCAGGAGAAGAAUCAGAUGAUGAUAUUAUCGCUGCUGCUGAUGAUAAUAAUAAGACGAUGAUAAACAACAUCAGCAACGAGAGUUUGAUGAUGUUACUCGAUGACGACGAGAACCAGAUUAAUAAUACUAGUACUGAGUUUGUAUGCCCAGCCAAAACAAAGGCAAGAACAACCAAAUCAGACAUGUCAAAAAGUGGUCCAAGGAACAAGACAAAGGGGAGAGCACAAACUCCUAGUAGCAGUAAUAGUAGAGCUGGAUUCUUUUAUGAUGAUAUGGUUGUGUAAUUAAAAUAUAAGCCUAUGUUUUAUCUGUAAUUGUAAACAACAAUGAAUUAAGUCAAAACAUAAAUAUAUAUAUUCAGAUGAAAGCUGUUUUAGUUAUACAGAAAAAGUCACACACCAACAACAUUCCCAAAAACAAAAAACAGUUUUAUUUGCUGAGUUGAGGUUCAAGUGGAGUGGUCAGGUUCCAUAUGAUUCAAAACAAAGGCACCUUCAUUGUUCUUGUGUACCUUCA